AUGGCUAAAAUUUUUAAAUUUCAGAAAAUUUCAUUCUUUUACAUUUUUUUCAUAGCGAUCAAUAAAUUUUCUUUAACUGCUGCACUCAAUAAAAAUGAUGAUGAAGCUAUAGACAAGAGAUUAUGCAACGAAAAUUCACAGAAAAAUUUUAAUAUUAGAAACAUUACAAAAAUAGAAUUUUUGGGAUCCAUUUUAAAGAAACACGUUCAAAAAUUGAGAGAUACAAAAAAUUGGAAGGUUGAGUUGGUGUUUCUGAUAGAUGCUUCGGGAUCAGUAGGAGUAAAAAAUUUCAACAACGAACUCAAAUUUGUGAAGAAACUCCUUUCCGAUUUCACGGUCGACCAGCACACGACGAGAGUAGCAGUGGUGACGUUUUCGUCAAAGAGCAGAGUGCAUCGGCAUGUCGACUACAUGACGCGACCACACGAACACAACCACAAAUGUGCACUCAUGCAGCAUCACUUUCCUCUCAUUCAAUACACCGGUGGGGGCACGUACACACUCGGGGCGAUGCUAGAAGCACAAAGUGUUUUCAAGUUUUCGAGAUUGGACGCUAAAAAAACACUUUUUCUUAUAACUGAUGGUUUCUCAAACAAUGGAAACCCAAAACCUGUGGCAGAGUGGUUGAAGCAACUAGGAAUUGAAAUCUUUACGAUUGGUAUUUCGAAAGGAAAUGUACAGGAGUUAUGUGAAAUGGCAUCGUACCCUCGUGUUGAGCAUACUUACAUUCUCAACUCAUUUGAAGAAUUUGAAGCUCUUGCCAGACGAGCUCUCCAUGAAGAUUUGCACAGUGGUAAUUAUGUUCUACAGAACUUGAAAUACUGUCAAAAUCUUUGCAAUUCAGUUACGGAAAAUUGUUGCGACACUUUAGCAACUUGUAAAUGUGGCACUCACACAGGCCGAUAUGAAUGUGUAUGCAAGGCUGGUUAUUACGGCAGUGGUUUAAAAGGAAACUGUUUCGCUUGUCCACAAGGAACUUACAAAACUUUUUCAAGUCCAGGUGACGUAAGCACCUGUUCACCUUGUCCCGAUGUCAACCACAUCUCGCCACUCGCCAGUUCAUCUGUGCAACAAUGCAUUUGUAAACCUGGUUAUCAACUUAAAAAGAGCAUUUGUGAAGCCAAACUCUGUCCUGAUCUACUUCCCCCUAAAAAUGGAUUCUUCGUGCAAGGCAACUGCUCGAAAUCAGUGAAUGCAGCUUGCGGACUGUCCUGUGAAUUUGGAUACCAGCUGAUUGGUAGCAGUGUGAGGAUUUGUAAUGAAGAUGGAAUUUGGUCGGGGGAAGAAAGUGUUUGUCAGGCAAAAAGAUGUCCUUCGUUGUCACCUCCCACGAACGGCUUCAUGAACUGCAGCAACAACAACUUCACAAUUCAAACUGAAUGUCACUUCCACUGCACUCCUGACUACUCGCUGACCGGAUCGAGAAGCAGAUCCUGUCUCGCACUUGCAAAGUGGACGGGCAUGCAGGCCCACUGUAACGAGGUCCACUCUACGACGUCUAUAAGUAAGGAAGUACAUAAAAUAAGAACACAGCGUGAAAAUGUCCAUGGAAGUGUAGAACCCAACAAAAAACACAGUAGAAAUAAAAUCGGUCAGAUAACCGAACUCUGCGGUAUACCCGAAGCAACCCCGUGUGUUUCAGACAAACCGUUUUUGAAAAUCACUCGUUUGGUUCGAGUCAAAGGCGCGCUCAGGUUCAAGAGCACCAGCAGAAAAACAUUUUUAGCAUCUAUUGUCGCAAACAGUGUAAAUUGUAUCUUCAGCAAUGAUGUUUCAUUUAAUGGUGCUGCCUCGAACCGGAUUCGUACAUGGGCAACAACGAUUCAAUGCCACGCACUGCCAGAGUUGAAGAAUGGUCUCACACAUCCAAAACGUUGUACCACAAGUGAAUCGACUUCUGGAAGUAUAUGCUAUUUUUCAUGUUUUUCUGGGUUUAAACUACUCGGACCUUCGAACAAAACUUGUCUCAGCAAUGGGAAAUGGAGCAUUGCGGAUUAUCAUUCCUAUUGCAAAGACAUAACUCCUCCAGAAAUGACAUGUCCCUCUGAUCAGACGGUGAGAACAGUGUUGAACGAGAAUGUUGCAUUGGUAUCAUGGAACCAUCCAAAACCGACCGACAAUUCAAAUAUAUCACCCUACCUCUACAUCAUUCCUUCAGUCCACUCUCCUACCUACCUACCUAUUGGCAAACACACAAUCCAGUACGUGGCUGAAGAUAUGGGCAAGAACAAAGCUCAAUGCUUAUUUGACGUGACAGUCGUAGAUAUUGAAUCUCCAAGAGUUGACAGAUGCGUCUCCCCUCCCAUGCCCUUUAUUAGGAAGCACACACCGAUGCAGAUCAUUUGGGAAGAACCGAUAUUUUCCGACAAUUCAGGAGAUGCGGUCCACAUAGUUGGACCUUCGACACCUCUCAGCUUCCCAACUGGAACUUCAAACCUCGUCUAUUAUGCCUCCGACAAAUUCAACAACACCAGCAACUGCACUGUAACGAUCACAGUGCAAGAUCAUUUGUGCAACAAACAUGAGCCGACGAACGGAUAUUUGGAAUGUAAGGAUUCUGACAAUUAUAUUUUUUGCACGUCAAAUUGCAACCACGGAUUUAAAUUUGUAAACAACCCUGCACCAACUUACUCAUGUAAUUAUGAGGAGGGAAGAUGGGAGCCGAACAUUUUGUGGCCACCCAGUGAUUGCGCCAAGUCUCUCAAAUCAAAAACAAUUCAGCAAAGCACUCAGCUCAACUUCAGAGGUAACUCAAUCUGCAACAAGUCCGAUCUGUUUAUCAAGCUUGAGAUUAGUGUAGGGAACGUUUUAAACUCAAAGAAAAUUAAUGAGGAUGCUUUGAAGGGCGAUUUUGAUUUUAUGUACGAAGAGAAUAAAUUGAGGCUGGUUGAUAUGAAGACUCGAGAAAGAAAAGCCGUCUGCCCCACUGGCUCCGUGCCACUGCAGACAGAUUGCGGUUGGUUCAAUUAUUGCCUCAAAUAA